ACACACACACACACACACACACACACGUGUGUGAGUGACGCAUUGGAUUGCGUGGAAAACCUGAUGACGUCAGAGACACGGUCACGGCCCGUUUAUAGCUCAGCCAGAGUUUCCACACGGACAGUUUGACGACGCACACACAAGAUGAUGAGCGAGUGGAGUCCUGUGGCGAAGGUUUACGACCCUCUCAAAGCGGGCAGCAUCGAUGGCACAGAUGUGGAGCCCCACGACAAAGCCGUCUGGAGGGCCAUGAUGGCCCGCUACAAGCCUAACAAGGGUGUGACCGGUGACCCCGACCUAACCCUGUUCGUGGCACAACUGAAUCCACAGACGACUGAGGACAAGCUCCAGGAAGUCUUCUCCAAGUUUGGAGACAUCCGCAGGGUACGUCUGGUCCGGGACAUCGUGACGGGUUUCUCCAAGCGUUACGCUUUCGUUGAAUACAAAGAGGAGCGUUCGGUGAAGAGAGCUUGGAGAGACGCCAACAAGCUGCUGGUGGACCAAUACGAGCUCUUCGUGGACUUCGAACAAGAGCGGACGCUCCAAGGCUGGAUUCCACGGCGACUCGGAGGAGGUCAGGGGGGCAAAAAGGAGUCCGGUCAGCUGAGGUUUGGAGGCAGGGAUAGACCUUUCCGGAAGCCCAUCAAUCUGACAUCCAUGAUGCCCCAGAACAGAUCAGCGGAUAGAUGGGAUUCAUCAAGUGUGAGGGAGGAAAGGCAAAAAGACCAAGAACAAGACAGGGAACACGGGCGAUGGCGGGAGAAGAAACAUGACUGGGAUCGAGGGAAUGAUAGAGGAUACUACAAAGAGAAAAGAGACUCAAAACAGCACCGGGACCGAAGCCGAGAGAGAGACUCCAGCAGAAAGGAAGACAGAAGACACAGAGGCUCUUACAGAGACAGAGAAUGAAGCUUUGCAUACGAGACUUUCUUUUCUUAUUCUAGGUUUUAUCCCACUGAUGAGGAUUUAGUUUUAAAUAAGUUUAUCCAAACAAUAAAGUUUAAAAAUUGAUUUUUUUUUUCCUUAAGAAAUUAUUACUUUUAUUCAGUAAGGAUGCAUUAAAUUGAUCAAAAGUGACAGUAAAGAUA